AUGACCACGACACAGCUGAGUUUCUGCACCGAUUUAUUCGCUCGCUACUCCAACUUCUCCAAGCUGCGCCGAGUGACAGCGUUCAUUCAGCGCUAUCUGCAUGUGCUUCGCGAACGAGCCUUGCAACGUCGAUCGGAAAAGGAGAAGUAUAAGCCACUCGUCAUCCCGAGCAUCAACCCGCACCCAGUCUAUUCGUUUACCGCACAAGAGCUCCAACACGCCGAACUUUCACUCUGUCAUCUCGCGCAAGGUGAACUCUUCGCUGAGGAGAUUUUCGAUCUUGCUAGUGGCGAACGUGUCUCAAGAUCUUCCACGCUGAAGUGGUUGAACCCGUUCGUCGAUCUCGAAGGUACCGUACGUGUCGGUGUCCCGCUUCGCAAUGCCGCGCUGACAGAUGGGACAUUAUAA